CAACUCUGGGACAUAUACACAUCUUUUACUUGGAGUCCGGGACAUUGAAGGCCAGGAUAUUUGGCGAUGAAGGGUGGGUAAGCCUCGACAUUAAUCUAUCUAUUCCGGCAAAGAGGGGCUCGCCGCUUGCGUCUAUAUCCUGGGUCGAUGACGGCCGAGACCAGAUCCGAAUCUACUACUACAACCAAGACACCCAGAUGAUCGAAAUCGGCGGACUAUGUUCGGGUGGUGGCACAAACUGUACGUGGAGAGCAGGCAAUAUCAUAAUCGAUUCGGGCAUCUCGAGCGAUUCGGGUCUAGCAGCAGUGCAUUUCCUCGACCCUGGUAACCAGAUUAGGACGUUCCACCAGGACAUGUAUGGACAGAUGAGUGGGGGGAGCUACUCUAGAGGCAAGUGGACAGUGGCCGAUCCGUUUCUUCAGAUACUACCUGGCACUGCGAUUGCUGCCACGAUCGAUGCUGUCGAACGUCCUUUCAUUAUCAGAGUAUGGCAUCGCGGUCCGCAGGGCAACUUGAGGGAGGUUUACUGGGAUUCCAGGAACGAGCCAUGGGCCAAUCCGCUUUCUCUCGAUGUAAAGAACAGCUCCAACGUUAACCUGUAUGCGGCGAUUGGUGCCUCCGACUACCUGGGUGAGAAUGGAGUGACGCAGAACUACAUUAUCCAGGACGACAAACGCGCGACUGAGAUAACAUCCUUGAAUGAGACAGAACUCAUUGCCUGGGUACCAGGAAGCUCGGGUAAUCCCUCGACAGAUGCAUGGCUGCGUGGGGAUGAUGCAGGAGGUGCUAUCGCAGCUCUGGGCUGGCUGGACGAGAACGACAGUCCUGAAGCUAGGCUUUACUGUGUGGUUGGUGGUAACAUUCAUGAAAUUGUUUGCAGCCCCAACUCAUGCUGGACUGGUCGUGUGAUCUAG